GAAAUCAGUUUUCAUAACAAAACGUCACAUCCUCUGACCGCAGGGAAAGGUGAGUAGCAGCAGCGGCAGGACUUUGUCACCAAUGUUGCACUUGAUCUCGACGUCCCUGAGCCUCCGGUGCCGACAUGUCGCGGCUCUACCUUUACACCUCAGGUUAUGUGCGACGCUGAUUUCAGGCGAAAACCAGCAGACGGUGCAGGCCCUCUACGAUCUCUCUGUGGACAUCCAGAAGGUCCGGAAACUUAAGGGCUGGGUCCUGCAUCAGAGCACGGCCUACACUAAAGAGGUAUCUUAUCUGCUGAAGGACAUGGGGGCCCCGGGGUCCAUAAUCUCCAGAAUCUUAGCCGUUUAUCCAGAGGCAGUCCUCUGUCAUCCGGAGCAGAUGCAGGCUCAGAGGGAGCUGUGGAUGACUGUCUGCCCCAACCAGAAAGAGCUGGUCGGUAUCAUUGAGAAAUUCCCCGCCUCCUUCUUCACCUCCUCCAGCCACCAUGACAACCAGCGACACAACAUUGCUUACUUCCAGAGUUUGAGCCUCAACAAGCGAAUCAUCACCAAACUCAUGGCCAGUGCUCCGCGGAGUUUUAGCCAGCCAGUGGAGCGGAACGAGGUGAUGGUGUGCGCCCUACGGCAGGCCUACCUGGAGCUGGGAGGGGAGGAAGCCAACGUGAAGGUCUGGCUCCAGAAGCUGCUGAGCCAGAACCCGUUUGUUCUCCUCAAGCCCCCGGAGGUGCUCAGGCGGAACCUGCUGUUCCUCAGGGACGUGGGCUUCAGCACGGCGGAGCUCCUCCACCUCGUCUCCAAGCUUAAGGGCUUUGUCGCCGAGCUGAACCCAGACAGCAUGCGCCGCAGCCUGGCGUACUCCCAGGACACCAUGGGAUGCUCCGAGGCAGAACUGCGGGACAUUAUCCUCAACUGCCCCGCUCUGCUGUACUACCCUGAAGACAUUCUGGCCGAGCGCUUUGAGGCGCUCCUCCGUGCUGGGAUCAGCAUGUCUCAAAUCAUGGACACUCCAACCGUCCUGGAGCUGACCACGCAAAUAGUGGAUUACCGCAUCCAGCGACUGAGGGAGCGCGGCUACGAUGUCGGGGCAGGAAGUCUAGAGGUGCUGAACGGCACUAAGAAGAACUUUGAGGUGAACUUUGGAAAACUACAGCUACGUAGAGAGAGGCCACUUUUUAACCCCGUCGCCCCUUUAAGAGGAGAUGACUGACGUGGGUCGUAUGGACUAAUGCAAAUGAUUUUAAGACGGAACUGGAUGUAAACAGCACUUGUGCUAAUUUAUCUAUAAUAUGUCAGCAUCAGAUUAAAGUGUCUUAAUUCUAAAAGGUGCAACCACUUCUCGCAUGUCCGACAUGUUUAUCCUCGCAGUUAAAUUUAAACAAUAAACAAAAAAACACAAUGAUGCCAUUUAACUUUGACAGUGAAUUGUGACCAGAAAAAAACAGCUGACCUCAAAAUGGCAAAACUAACGGGUGUAAAGAGACUGACCUCAAUUCUGCUCUUUUCCGUCAUGUAUUCAAAACCGUGCAGCAAAGAGAAUCUGUUUCCUGCUGCCAAAAUUUCCAACCUUGUGGGUGGAAAAUUGAUCACAUUGGAAAACAGCUUGAGUCAUGUGGGUGUUUUUUGGGUUUUUUUUUCAAGCCCUGGUUUUCCUCUAAUUAACACCGACUGCAAAAAUAUAUCAUUUGAUUUUUUUCACUUGUAGUUAUGACGAAAAUCGGACCCUGUUGAUCAGUGAGUGUGAUGGUAUUACACAAGAAAAGCAAAAGAGUUGUGGAUGGAUAUGUAACGGCUUCCCGCAGCGAUAUCAGAAAGUGAGACGAGUGAAGUGGGCUCCUAACGUGUCACUUGUUUUUGGGGAAUUCGUAGUCCCUUCGCCAAAUAAAGAUUUUAUUGCAGCUGGUUUUAAAAGUUACCUCAUAACAACAACAGCUUCACAUAAAGCGCUCCACGACACAAAGUGCGUAAUGAGAGACACGCUGACUUUUAUGUCUAUCAAAUGUAUUACCGAGGACAAACGAGGCGUUUAAAACCAUUUUUAUUUACUUCCUCUGCAGGAGUCACAUUUUCACACAGUGUGCUUGGCAGCGCGACUGUUAUCCUUCGGGGAGGAAAUCUAAACUGUGUCUCAGAUUUUUAUUGAUACUUUUGCAGAUGGAGACACUUGAUUAUGAGCUAUUUCACUACAGAGGUGUCUCUUCAUUAUCAUUUCAAAUGAAUUCAAAUGUUCCCCACAAGAUGAAAUAAAAAAAAUAAGAAUGGGGGUUAAGUUCCUUGUGGUUUAGUUGAACAUAUUUUAAAGCAGCUGAGCUUCAGAUUAGUUAUGCAAAAAUUGAUCUUCCAUUAUGUUUGGUGUUGUUAAUAAGGUUUUCAUGUCUCGUGUGUAAUAUGGAUGAGUGCCGGUGUUUCUUUUAAAGUAACAUGCAAAAUCAAUAUACAAUCUAACCGAGCAGUGUCUUACUAUAAAAGAAAGGCAACGUAAAUUGUUUCCAUAUCGUUUUUCGAAUGCGUGUCAAUAUUUGGACGGCAGCGAAAGCCCUUGAACAAAUGCUCAGGAGGAGUUUUCAGUGGAAGGGUUAGCCAAGACUUUGCGCCCCAAGGUUCCCCGUCGCGCUUGUAAUACAGAUGAUGUGGGUCAGAGCAAAGAAAGAAGAGAGAACUUGUGUGUGUCCAGAGGGGAGAAGGAGGCGGAUGGGCGGCGCUAUAUAUAUAUAUAUAUAUAUAUAUAUAUAUAUAUAU